AUGGAAAGAAGACAGAACACCGUUUCAUCAAAUCAUACUGCCAGCAGUAGAGACUCGAGGAGGAGUGCUGAUUCCUACGACUCGCGGAGUACUGUGGCAACGUCCUUCUACGACAGUCCAAGACCGUCCAAGGGCUCCUACUCCAGGACUUCCAAGGGACGGGAUGCCUCUUACGAAGAGGAUCUGUCCCCCUCCACAAGUCUAUAUCCACGGUCAUCCGUCGACACAUACUCGUCUCAGGCUUCGAGCAUUGACAUCGACCAGGUCGAGGUGGACGACUGCGUCGACUUGGCAGAGAUACCACCUUUGCCCUUGUACAGACAUCAGAUCGUCGAAACCAACGUGCGUCCCUCAUCACCCGAGGAUUUCGCCGAGCUCUUCCCGUCCAUGGACAGACUCUCAAUCCGCCACGACGAUUUCACGUCCGACGGCAACAUGAACCUGCGGGUUGACACGGUUGUUACUGGACGAAGGAGGUCCCCUAGGACAAUCCAGCUAUUCCAUCUGCGCAUGCACGACCUUGCGAGGCGCGAAUUCUCGCUUCGCAGAUACUGCCGAGAGUCUGGGCGAGAAGUCUGCAACUCGAAGCGGAAAUUCACCGAGCCGGCCACCCAAAGCCGUCCCAACUUGCAGCGUUCCGUGUCGAGCGCAAUGAAGAACCUGGGGCGGCCUUCGAUGAAGCGCGUCCCGACAGCUGGCUCGAAGUUUUCGCCUAGGAGCCGGUCAUCCACUAGCGCUUCUGCCGACCAUGAGUUCACCGAGACAUUCGAACAGGCCCUGUCCCUGGACCAACGACAGAAAACACCGAAAGUACCCACCAACACGAUCAAGCUCGAAUUCUCCAACUAUGCCCGCGUCGAUGUGCAGCGUUGUGGGAGUAGCAACGCAAAGCGAUACGAAUUUGAGUGGUGGGGACACAAGUACUCGUGGAGGAGAACAACCGCCAAGCUCACGGGCGUCGUCUCGUUCCAUCUUUGUAGAGAUGGUAACAACACCACCCCAGUAGCCCACAUUGUCCCGGAGACUCGAUCGCCAAAUCAAGUCGACUCGGAUGAGGUUGCUGGUGGUUGGGUACCUCCUUGUCAUAUGUGGAUCAGCGACGAGGCUCUGAUCACCGCCAUGACUGACGUUGCCGACGUUGUCGUUGCAACUGGCCUCAUGGCGCUUGUUGAUGACUGCAUCAAGGAACGCUGGGGGACCAAGAAGGCCCACCACAUCGGCCUUCCUCUGACAUCCAAGUCGGUUGAUGUCGAGUAUGUCGGGCCCAAGGCUUUCGUACAGCAGAUGUUUUCCCGUCGGAAAUCGGACGAGAACUCGAGUGCCCUUCGCCAGGCCAAUCCAGUGGCGGCUUAUUAG